AUGGGUUAUCGUGAAACAAUAGUCGUUUCAUCACCAGAAAUAGCUAAAACUGUACUACAAAAAUAUGAUCAAUCCUUAUGUGGCAGAACUGUCCCCGUAACCCUAGAAUCCCUCCAGCAUGACAAAUUUUCUAUGCCGUGGUUGCCAGUUGAUAAUCAAUGGCGUAAACUUCGCAAAAUAUUGAAAGAACAAAUGUUUUCACUGCAAAGGCUUGACGCAAGCCAGGGCAUUCGACGAGAAAAAUUGCAGAAACUAUGCGACUAUGUGAAUCAAUGUUGUGUUAAUGGUCAUGUAGUGAAUAUAGCUGAGGCUACAUUUACGACCUCACUUAACAUGAUAUCGUCCACUCUUUUCUCAGUUGAUUUUGCCGACUUCAAUUCUGAUUCCUCUCAUGAGUUUAAGGAUGUUGUGUGGAAUAUAGGUAAAUGUAUUAGCAGUCCUAAUCUUGCAGAUUUCUUUCCAGUUCUUAAAUAUGUUGAUCCACAAGGAAUCUCACGCCGAACCAAGUUUUAUUACGGAAAAUUAUACGCAAUUCUGGAAAGUAUUAUAGAUCAACGGUUGAAAUCAAGAGGAACAUUAGAAAAAAAUGAUUUGCUGGAAGCCCUUCUUUAUCUCUACAAAAAGUCUGAGCCAGAAUUAAGCCAAAAAGAUAUAAAAUAUCUACUAGCGGACUUAUUUCUUGGUAGCACGGAUACGGUUCCAGCUACUGUUGAAUGGGCAAUGGCUGAAUUACUCCGCAACCCCAAGAAGAUGUCGAAAGCUAAAAGAGAGCUUAGUGAUGUGAUUGGAGAGCAUGGUGUGAUUCAAGAAUCAGAUAUUUCAAAGCUCCCUUACUUAGAGGCCGUAGUGAAAGAAAUACAUAGGCUUCACCCUGUCGGACCCUUGUUAGUACCUCAUAAAGCUAUGGCUGAGAUUGAAAUCAAUGGUUACAUAGUCCCCAAAAAUGCUCAAAUACUAGUUAAUAUAUGGGCAAGCAGUAGAGAUUCAAACAUUUGGUCCAAUCCAGAUUCAUUUAUGCCAGAAAGAUUUUUAGAUAAAAAAAUUGAUUUCAAUGGCCAAGAUUUCAAGUUCAUUCCCUUCGGCGCAGGGAGGAGAAUAUGUCCGGGAUUGCCUUUGGCGCACAGGGUAGUACACGUAAUGUUGGCCACUUUGAUACACAAUUUUGAUUGGAGACUUGAGGAGGGACUGAAACCAGAAGACAUUGACAUGAGUGAGAAAUACACUAUUACUUUACACAAGGCCACAUCUCUCAAGGCAUUUCCAAUCAAAUUGUGA